UAGGACAUGUACACAUUACUUCGGCUUCCUCUGAUACAGAAAUAGAAGGAGCUAGAAAGGAGCUGGUGGUGGGUGAAAUUUAGAUAGUCCAGGACGGCUGUUAAUAUAGCUGGCGAGCUAAAUUAUAGCGUAUUGUUCAAAUCAUACACAGUAAGCCCUAUUCAAGAGCUCUCGGCAGUAAAUUAAGCCAACAUCGUAGGCUGAAAUCACAGAGAUAUAAUUCCAUUUAGCUAGGAACACUGACGAGCAAACCAGCUAGUCAGAUCAGGUUGUAAACGAAACGAAAAGAAAAUUAGCUUACUAGCGAUAACGAAAAACAACGCCGUGUUGCAUCAAGCUGUCUCGAGGCUGACCGUGAUUGGUUAGGAGACGCACCCAAAUAAAAAUCAAGUUGUACAAGGGAAUGGCAUUGGAUUUUGUUGCAGGAUGCAUGGGAGGUGCAGCUGGUGUCUUGGUAGGACACCCUUUUGAUACUGUCAAGGUGAGACUCCAGGUUCAAAAUGUCGACAAGCCUCUGUACCGGGGAACAUUUCAUUGCUUCCAGUCCAUUGUACGGCAAGAGUCUAUGUUUGGACUGUAUAAGGGCAUCGGCUCCCCCAUGAUGGGCCUGACCUUCAUCAACGCCAUCGUCUUCGGUGUGCAGGGCAACACCAUGCGUCUGCUGGGCCAGGACACGCCCAUGAACCAGUUCCUGGCGGGCGCGGCGGCGGGUGCCAUCCAGUGCGUCAUCUGCUGCCCGAUGGAGCUGGCCAAGACGCGCAUGCAGAUGCAGGGCACGGGCGAGAAGAAGUCCAAGAGGAAGCUGUACAAGAACUCGCUGGACUGCCUGGUGCGCAUCUACAACAAGGAGGGUGUGCGCGGCAUCAACCGAGGCAUGGUGUCCACGUUCAUCCGUGAGACGCCUGGCUUCGGUGUCUACUUCCUGGCGUACGAUGUGCUGACACGCUCACUGGGGUGCGAGCCCGAAGACCCCUACAUGAUCCCAAAGCUGCUGUUUGCCGGUGGUAUGUCCGGCAUCGCCUCCUGGAUCUCCACCUACCCCAUGGACGUCAUCAAGUCCCGCCUCCAGGCGGAUGGCGUGGGCGGGGUCAACCAGUACAGCGGCAUCAUGGACUGUGUACGGCAGAGCUUGCAGCGGGAGGGCUGGAGGGUGUUCACGCGUGGCCUCACUUCCACACUGCUGCGCGCCUUCCCCGUCAACGCCACCACCUUUGCCACUGUGACUCUCUUCCUCAUGUACAUGCGGCGAGACGAGGAGGCACCGAAGGAUUGUGAGCCUGCCCCUCACAGCUUGCAGCAACAGACCCAGCCCUCCAGCUUGUAACUGGGUCUGGCCCCCCCUGCUGGGUGGAGGACCUCUUCCCUACUUGCUGCACCCAUAGCAACAUGACCACUUACAGCUUCCUCACAGGAGGCUCGUAUUUUUAUAAUGUUGUGGAUGGAGUGAAACUCCAUACGUGUACAUACUUAGAGUCCUGUUUGUUUUUCUUUUGCUUUCAUAUGAGAAGUAAAACCACAUUUUUUUAUUCCUCUUUUUUUCCUUGCCUUAUUUGGUUAACAGUGUAACAAUGUAACAGUGAAGAAUCAAAAAGAAACCCUACUAACAGAAGGGAAACAGAAAGUAAAGGCUGUAGUGUGGUAGGCGCGUGCAUGGAAUGGUUGCCCUGGAGAUGCCAAAGUAUAUUUGUCAGCACAUCCCUAUGUCAAUGAUAUUACAUGACAAUUUGUAGCAUUGAGCUGGCUCAAUUGAUUGUAUUAUCAAAAUAUGUGUGCUUAGACAUGUUACUCAAGGAGCACUUUGAAAAGGGAUGUUGUCGUUACGUGGGAAGCACAUUUGAUUUCUGAGUAUGGUUUUUGGUGCUUUGCACACUGCAGUGGACGCAUCUUCUACCCCUUCAUAGAAAUGCUGUUGAAACACUUAAAUUACAUUUUUGCAUGUCAUUGAACAUGUCAUUGAACAUGCAUGUUUAAGCUCUGCUGUGAAGGAGCACGCUGGCUCAGGCCUGCUUUCGAGUUGUAGGGACUCCUGAUAGUCACAUGUGGUGAGAGGUUUCCUUGCGAAAUCCUCCCCGCUGGAAAAUUUUGUUACCGGGGCGAUUGACAUUCCAGAGUGAGGUGCGACCUUCCGUGGGAGUUGGCUGUUGUGCUUCAUGGCUCCUCAAAGCCCUGCACUAUUCCCUCAUUCAUUAUUACAGUUAAAACUGUAUGAUCUGAGCCUAUUGGGCAUGAAGAGUUGGGCCCCUUUUUAAAUCAUAUAGACAUUUGGAGGAAAAAAGAAAUGGUUUCCCUACUUUUAUUGUUACAAUGGUCAGUUAUAAUGAAGGUGUUACAAGCAUAAUUAUUUCACAAAUAAUAAACAUUCUGUUGGUUUUUAGGUAGCCUGUUACCUGACUGCAUUGUGAAUGUUAACUUGACUGUAAAUGUGAUUUAAGUACUGCAGAUGGAGAUGUAAGAGUUGAUUUUGUGUAGUCUCACAUACAGUAUUGCAGUACUGUACUGGGAAAGGCACACAUGUUAAAUUGUUGGUUGUGAAUUUUGUUUCAUGGUAAGUGGUUGACUUUAAGCAUAACCAAGCUAUUCAGCAGUGUACCCUGAUGUUGAAGCCCUGCUUCAUUUGCAUAUUACUGAAAGAAUACAACCUGUGAACCGAUGUUUUAUCUGUGUAUAUCCUGAUUGUGUGAAGGUUUAACCUGGAUGUAUAUGUAUUUGAAUGAAUGUCACGCCCCAUUCAGUUUGCUGAGUUUCUAAUGCCCCCUGUAUUUUAAGUUCAGUUGGUUUAAAGCAUGUUUUUCAAAAUAUUUGUUUUGGACGUUAAUUUUUUUUUUUGUGCGGGGGGUGGAUUGUAACUAACAGCAUGGACACAAAGACUUUGGGAAUAUGUAGCAAGUUGAAAUGUUUACUGUGGUAAAAAUGAUUUCAUUUUUACAGCUCUCCAUUUUCCCUGUUGCAUUGUUGGUCUUUUUGAGGGGGUUGAGUCGGUCCCUCCUUGGACUGUAGUUAGUGUGCACAUACUGUAGGUGACAAGUUUCCAAAUUAUGACCCUGUGAACGAUGGCGUGACUUGUGCUGAGAGUUCAUGAAAGUUCAAAGUGGCUGAGAGUUCAUUUUCUGAACGUCACCACUGGCUCAGGGAAGGGUGAAGUAUGGUAUGUAUGUGGAUCAGCUUUAGUGUGCUUGUUUGUACUGGAGUAUGCUGGAGUAUGCAUUUGUGGAUUUCCUUCUUUCCUUGAGUUGACUGUAAGGGGAAAAAUAAUCAAAUCAGCACAACUGUGUUUUUAAGAGGUAAGCUAACUCUUGUGUUUUAUGACUGAGAACAUGUGAAGAGAGGAAGACAGCAAUAUGUUGACAUAUAUGGUUAUUUUUAUAAGGGCUGAAACUGUUUUAAAAGGGCAGUAGUUCGCUGUACAGAUAGACAGUAUUUCCUUGUGUAAAUAGAGGGGCCAUGAUUGAGUCUGUACACACAGUCACAUGCAUUGGUUGCGUCUGCCUUGUACCAAAGCAGUGUGUGAGUAAUGCGGGUGAAAAAACUGAAUAAACUGGUCCCCAGCUGAUCUUAUCUUGACUUUG